AUGGCUGCUCUAUCACAAGGAUUAAGGGAUGACGAAUUCUUUCGAGCCUUAGCUUUGGAGCCAUCACCCGAUGACAACUUACUAGGAAGAGCAUCUAGGUUCAUCAAUCUAGAAGAAGCUCGACAGCAAAAGGUAGAAGAAUCCCAUCAGGCCCUAAACCCCAGGUCAGGUGAGACAAGGAAGGGUAAAGAGCCUAUCCCGCCGCGAAGAGACGUGACACCUGGCCGAAAUAAUGUCCUCGACGUUAAGGGCCCCCGAUAUCAGUCAUAUCAGCCCCUUACAACCCCUUUAUCUAAUGUUUUGUGUGCAAUUGAGAAGAGAAAUGACCUACGUUGGCCUCGUUUUGCCCGAGAAGAGCCUCGCCGAAGUCCUGCUUUGGGCACCUUUUGCCGAUUCCAUAAUGAGUAUGGCCACACGACGGAUGAGUGUUCACAUUUGAAAGACGAAGUAGAGCGUCUUAUCAGAGAUAACAAAAUUGGAGAUUUCGUAAAGAUAGAUCCCUCAAGAGGACAAAAGCGAGAGGCCCAGUUCGCAAACCCGACUCGAGUUCCUCCCCCACCUCCCAUGCCAAAACGAGGAUAUAUCCAGAUGAUCUCAGGAGGACCCACGGGAGGAGAUACCCAUCGAGCUAGGAGACGAUACCUCGGUGAUAUUAAAAAUAAACAUGAGAUCUGCCAAAUCUCUGCGGCAACAUAUCAUAAAUACCCCCCUAUCUCGUUCGGACCAGAGGACGCCGUAGACCUUGAUGAUUUUCACUGCGACCCCCUUCUCAUCACAAUCAACGUGGGUGGAUAUGAUGUAGCUCGCGCUUUCGUCGACUCAGGGAGUUCCGUUGAUGUUAUUUCUUAUGAUUGUUUCCGACAGAUGGAACUCGACCUCCCAAUCUUCCCGGUUACUACCCCGAUAUUCGGAUUCACGAGAGGAUCCUUGAUCCCAGUCGGACAGGUUAAAAUACCAGUCACUAUUGGGACGCCACCUCGCACGCGCACGCAAACCGUCAAUUUUGUGAUUGUCGAAGGGUCCCAUCGUGAUAGGCCGACCAAUGAUGCAUAUCUUCCGGGUAGUCUCCUCUUCUACACACCAAAACUCAAGUUCCCGGUAGAUGGAGCGAUAGGGGAGGUCAGAGGUGACCAAGCUCAAUCAAGAUCUUGUUACGUCGAAAUGGUCAAAGUGGCAGAAAAAUGGCGACGUGGCACUCUCGCUAAGGAGGACUUGGGAGACGAGAAGCGCCCCCGAAUUGAUCCUGAAGAUAAAGUUACACACGUCCAACCGAUGGAUGAGCUACUGACAAUCGAUCUGAUCCCGGGGACAUCUAAACAAACUCGGAUAAGUAAGGAAUUAGAUUUAUCCUUCCGAGAUGAGCUGGUAACUUUACUGAGAUCUAAUAUGGAUAUUUUUGCUUGGCAACCAAGUGACUUAACCGCGGGAAGUCCAACGCCUCCUGGACAUCGGGCAUAUCCGGGAAUUCAAUUCCCCACAUGGCUAUCUAAUGCAGUGUUAGUCCAAAAAGCCAACGGACAAUGGCGGAUGUGUAUUGACUUCCGGCACCUGAACAAGGCAUGCCCCAAAGAUGAUUACCCCCUACCCCGCAUAGACCAACUCGUUGAUGCCACAGUCGGGUGUGAGCUGCUCAGCAUGAUGGAUGCCUCGCAAGGAUACCACCAGAUCCCGUUGGAAGACAAAGACCAACCCGCAGUCAGCUUUAUCACAACUACUGGUACCUACUGCUACGUGGUAAUGCCGUUUGGCUUAAAGAAUGUAGGGGCUACAUACCAAAGAUUGAUGGAUAAGAUGUUCCAGGCUCAGCUCGGGCGCAAUAUAGAAGUAUAUGUGGAUGACAUGUUGGUUAAAAGCAAAAAGCGUUCAACGCACCUCGCCGACUUGGCUGAAACAUUUGCCACUCUCCGCCUUUACAGAAUGAAGCUUAACCCGGGAAAAUGCGCAUUCGGAGUUAAGGCUGGGAAAUUUCUUGGAUACGUAAUUACGCAAGAAGGCAUUAAGGUAAAUCAAGACAAAGUAGAAGCAGUACUCCGGAUGACACCACCUCGUUCCAUUAAGGAAGUGCAGUCCUUAGCAGGAAAAAUGGUGGCCUUAGGUCGCUUUAUAUCACGAAUGGCCGAUAAAAGUUUACCCUUUUUCAAAGUCUUGAGAAAGGCUGCCCAAUUCGAAUGGACUGACAAGUGCCAGCUCGCCUUUGAGGCGCUAAAAACAUCGUUAUCUCGUUUACCCAUCCUCAGCACCCCCGAACGAAACGAGACACUUUUUGUAUACUUGUCGGUGGGGGAUGAAGCUGUUAGCUCGGUCCUGUUCAAAGAGUAUCAACCCCGUACUUCGGUGAAAGGGCUGGCAUUAGUGGACUUUAUUCGAGAAACCAUUAGAAUACCCAUUGAAAAAGAGUGGCAGGUUUAUGUAGAUGGAUCCUCUACGGUAUCAGGUGCAGGAGCAGGAGUCAUAGUCAUCGAUCCCAUGGGAGUAGAGCUCGAGUUCGCUAUCAAAUUACCGCGAGUUUUGAAUAACGAAGCAGAAUACGAAGCCAUCAUCCGAGGCAUGGAAAUCGCUCAAGAGCUCGGUGCCCAAGUUGUGCGUGUACAUUCCGACUCGCAACUUGGUAUACAUGAGUUAGGAGGAGAAUAUGAGAUAAAAAACGAUAGAAUGCGGAGUUACGUAGAUAAAGCGAGAAAUGUUCGAGAAGCCUUUGAGAAACUCACCACAGUCGAUGCAAGGUGUUUGGGAAAAAGCGAAGUCGAGCAUUACUUGGAUGAGGUACAUAGAGGAGGCUGUGGUGAACACGGCGGAGCCCGGACACUUAUGCAGAAAUUACACCGAGCUGGGUAUUACUGGCCCGACAUGAAGAAGGAUACUCAUCGCUACGUCAGACAAUGCAAGAAGUGCCAGAGGUUCGCCCCACUUAUACACAAACCGGGCGAGGAAAUGAUCAUUAUGAGUGCCCCAUGCCCCUUCGCACAAUGGGGGAUUGAUCUAGUAGGACAUUUUCCACAAACGACUGGCGGGAAAAAGUUCCUCACUGUCGCACUAGACUACUUCACCAAAUGGGUCGAAGCAGAGGCCCUAUCGAAGAUAUCAGAGGACGAAGUCAUGCACUUCAUAUGGAAAAAUAUUUGCUGCCGCUUUGGCUUACCUCGGAGCCCGGUGUCGGACAAUGGCACCCAAUUCAACGGAAAAAAGAUUCGAGCAUGGUGUGAGGAAAUGAAAAUCAAACAGAAAUUCGUAGCAGUCGCACAUCCUCAAGCCAAUGGGCAAGUUGAAUCCACGAACCGAACCAUCGUCAACUGCCUUAAAAAAAGGAUAGACGAGUUGGGACGAAGUUGGGUAGACGAAAUACCUUUGGUCUUAUGGUCUUACCGAACAACUGCCAGAGCUGCUACCAGAGAAACGCCGUUCCGAUUAACUUAUGGAACCGAAGCUGUUAUCUCGGUCGAAGUGGCGAUGGAUACGCUUCGCAUAACCACAUUUGACAAUGAAAAAAAUGACGACGCCCUGAGGGUACAAUUGAACGAAGUUUUCGACCUGCGAGAGGCAUCCUACCUACAUAUGGAACGAAGCAAGAACCUGAUCAAGGCCCGAAAAUGGAGCUUGAAGACCUUUAAGGAAAAGCUUGCUUGUACAGUCAUAAAGGACAUUACCAACGAACAAGUACUAGAGACCCCCAUAACUGAGACUGAUAUGGAUCGUUCAUUGUUGAGUGGCAAUUGUGAAGAACAAGAAGUUAGUGAAAACGAGCCACGUGACUAUGAUGACGAGGAGAAUGACGAUUCAGAAGCAAUAAACGAACUGCAUGAUAGUGAAAGUGAAUCGGUUGAUGCAGAUGAUGAGAAUGAUGACGAACUUGAUCGUGAUGCACCUGCCACAACAAGUCCCAUUGAGCAAUCUUCGGGGAACAAGAAACGAAAAUAUGUUGCCGAGCACAACGGUGAUUUGUUGACACAUAACACAAUACUUGAGGCGAGGCUUGCAUGUGCUUUACAGGAGGCAAAAGCACGGCAAACAAAAGCAACCAAUGUUUCGGAACAUAACAAAGAAUUAGAGCACCGAAUUAAAACCUCAACUGACCCACAGUUAGCUACAGAGUUGGAGGUUCUCCAAGCACGUCUGGAGUACGAGCUAGAAAAAAGCGCCGAUCUUUCAGAACAAAUACGAAAACUGACGGACGCCAACUAG